GUGGUUUCUUCUCAGAUACGAUGCAAACGUGGAAUUAGAAAGAACAUUGAAGAAUUAAUGCAGUGAGCAAGAACUUCGGGGGAGUGGAAGUGGCUCUCUUGACAUUGUGUCGCGAGGAAGAAUAGGAAACGUUCCGGGGAUUUUCGGCUUUCUUCUCGCGUUUUUGAAAUCCCCGUUUUUGGAAUGAGCUGUGUGGGGACACACCCACUCAUGAUGCAGCAGCACGGCGGAGGUUUGCUGACCAUUUCGCAGCAAAAUGGCGGGAUGCAGCCCCGAGCGCCACCUGGUGACCACAGGGAGUACCAGCAUCAACUCCAGAUUCGCCAGCAAAUUCAGCAGCAACAACAACAGCAGCAACUUGCCAGACAUCAUGUCAGCGUUGCGUUUCCGCAGAACGCAGUAGAGAUCGAAGUGCGACGCCAGCAGCAGCAACAGCAACAGCAGCACGGAUCCCGUGGAAUGAUGCCGCCAUCAUCAUCAUCCUCCUCUUCUUCCUCCUCCUCAUCGUCACCGCCGCCGUCGGCGCUGAUGGACCAGCAGAAGGCGGCGUCGCCUGGCGAAAAUCUCAACCCAGAAACGGUGGAACAACUGACGGCGGCCCAGUUGAAGCGUCGCGAGAUUUUCAACCAACGGAAGCAGCGGGAAUUUAUCCCGGACAACCGGAAAGACGAGGGCUACUGGGACCGCCGUCGACGCAACAACGAGGCGGCGAAACGGUCGCGGGAAAAGAGGCGAUUCAAUGACAUGAUCCUGGAGCAGAGAGUUGUGGAGUUGACGCGGGAAUUGCACGUGCUCAAGGCCCAAUUGGCUGCCGUGAGGGACAAAUAUAGGAUCAACGUGGACGCGUUGGUGGAUAAGGACGCCGUGUUGGCCUCGUUGCCGACACCAGAUCAAGUGCUGGCCAUGACGAAGAGGACUACGAAAGUAUUGGCGGCAGCGGCGUCCUCGUCGCCGUCGUCGAUGAGCAUGUCCGGAUCGCCGUCGUCGAGGGCGACGACGCCGACGGGAAGAAUCACACCACCGAAUGUGGGCAGGAGUCCAAUGCAACCUUUCCAGACGAAGCUGGUGAACGCAGGACGGCGCCGAUCGUCAGCCAGCGAGGACCACUUCCCGUCGUCGCGACAGCCGCAUCAGGCGUUCCCGUCGCCGCCGCCGCCACCAAUGCCGCCGCAGCAGCAGCAGCAACAACAACAACGGGCGCCAGCUGCUCUCACUCCCGUGGAGCCGCCAAUCACGCUCGUCAUCCCUGACGUGCCCAGACCGAGUCCCAACGACGCCCAACCGCCGUCUUUCCCGGGCCAACAGCACCAGCACCACCACCACAAUCUUCCGCCGUUCCAGCAACACCAUCACCAGCACCCACACGCCCACAGGGCUAUGCUAAUGCUCCCCCAACAGCAGCAGCAGCAGAAUCACCAGGAUGGUAGUGAUGGGGAUGAGCACGUUUUCAACGCCUAUCACUUGCAGCAACAGCAGCAGAGGAAUGGACGGUUCAGCAGUGCAUUCAAUGGAGAAAAGCGAAUAAAGAUUGAAGUCCCGGAAGGCGGCAUGAAUCACGUGAAUGGCGCUUCAGACGAAGACAAAAUUGCAGAAGUUGAGGAACAAAUCGGCUCCAUUCCGACCCAGAGGAUCGGAGAAAAGCGCCGCAUGCAUCACAACAACAACAACACCCACCACCAGCAACACCAUCAAAUCAGCCUCUCAAUCCACCAGCAACAACAAAAGGAAGGUUUCCAGUUCCUUCAACACCCCGCAGAUGCCCUGAAACUCGCCAUGCGUCGCAACACGCUCACAGAAGACGAAGACGAAGGCGUGGAUCUCGGCUUGUCUCGCAGCGAGCAGUUGCAUCAUUACAUGCCGUCACGACAACAGCGACAGCAAGAACACGACGACGACGAUGAAGAAUUGGACGAGGAUCAUGUCAUGAUGCGACACGGCGGUGAGGAAGACGAAGACGAAGGUGCACUGAAUUUGUCGACCACGUCGCCAGGUGUCGCGCCAACGACACCGGUUCCCCAGCAGCAACAGCAAGUCAUGUUUCGGGGUGCUGGAGUGCACAAGCAGUUGGCGUCUGUAGAAGCUUCUGGUGGACAGUUUGGACAGCAGCAGCAUUUUUUCGCUGCCCCGCAGGAACAGGCGAGAUAUCAUGCUGAGCAGCACCUGAGGAAUGGUGGUGGACGAGAAGAACAUGCUUCUCACUCGAAUGGAUCAGCAGAAAAUUGCCCCAAUUCCGCCAACGGGCCCAACAAUUCGGGGGCAUCCCAUCACCCGAAACUGCGGCUGAAACCCCGCUACUCAUCCGCCUCCAUGAUGAUGGACGACCUGGAC